AUGAGCAGGUCUAAUUCUAAUACAACAGAUAGAUCCUUAGUCAAGGAUGGACCCAUAUCAUCACAGAAACAUCGUCUAGCGAACUCUCAAAAUGGUUUAAAUCUCUUAUUGAAGAAAAAUACUGCAGUCAAUGAUAUAAAUAACAGUAUGAUGCCUAUUUUGUCACCUUUAAAGAUGUCACCUCCGUCCUUGAUCUUAACAACAGAUCAUAGUACAGAUGGUAAUGAUAAUGAAGACACUGAAACAAAUUUUUUCAAGAAUCUAACUCAAAACUUGAAAUAUUCGAUUAAUAGUCCAAUUCCCCAUACUCAAUUUCCCACACCUUAUUCUUCAAAUCAAGGUAAUAGAAAUAAUAAUCGCAAUAAAAAAAACAUUAACUAUAAUGCCAAUGCUAAUUUGAAUACUAAUAUUAACAAUACUAGUAUGCUAUCUUCUGAAAGUCAACAACAACAUUCCGUUGAUUCCUCAGUAUUAGAAAAUAGUAUCAAUACUGGGCUAUAUGCUGGUCGUAAUUUACAACGAACAAGUGCUGACAAGGCUUCAAAGAGUAGUAAUUCUUCACUGAACAAUACUGAACCAACUGUAGAUCUAAUGAAUAAUGAUGGCGACACUCUAGAAGAUAUGAAUAUGCAACCAUCUACGGUUUUACAAUUUGGUAACAAUUUCCCAAAUGAGUUUUUGUUAGCUUCUCCAGAGCAAUUAAAAGAAUUCUUAUUUGAAUCCCCUGGUGGAUUCAAUUUGUUUCAUAAGACUCCAGCAAAGACUCCAUUAAGAUUUGUUACUGAUUCUAAAGAUAUGAAUAUUAAUCUGACUUCAAAUACAAAAUCUGUCUCCAGUUCAAACUUAAUUCAUUUAUUUACAUCAGGCAAUGGUAAAACUGAGGACCAAGAUAAACUGGGAGGAAACAGCGAGUUUGGAAUGAUGAAUAAUGGUCAAGAUGAAUUUUUGAGUAGAACACCUUUGGAGAAGAUUGAUAUCAAUCUAAUGUUUAAUCAAUCGAAUAUAUUGUCGAAUUCUGUGUCUCCUUCUAAAAAAAUAUCUAUGAGUUUAACACCUUAUGGUAGACGAAUAUUACAUGAAAUGGGUACCCCCUUCACUAGAAGUCUAAACCCUACAAAUAGCGCAUUAGUUGACUUCCAAAGAGCGAGAAAGGAUGUUAAUAACAAUACUGGCAUGAGUAAUAAUAACGAAUUGCACAGUCCACCUGAUGAUAAAGAAAAUAUAACCAAGGGUAGACAACUUAGAAAUAAAUUUACUCUUACGCCGAACAAUAAAAAUAAAACUUCUCAUGCAAAAUUAACGAGAAAGAAUUUAAAGAAAAUAAAUAAGAAAAACGACAAGAACAACAAUACUCAUAUUCAAUACAAGGACAAUAAAAAUCAACUAUUGAAGAAGACUUCAAUUACAAAACUACCUUAUGAAAAAAAUAGUAACAGCUACGAUAAUUUUGAAAAUGAUUUCGAUGGCGAUAAUAAUACAUAUGGAUCAUCCCCAACUACCAUACAGUUGAAUUCGUCAGUAACAAAAUCAAUCUCAAGACUUGAUAAUAGUAGAAUACCGAAUUUGAAAAAUAUGGAAUUGAUAGAUGAAAGACUGGGAGAUAAGUUAUUCGAUUUAAAUGCAAGAAAUAUUCCUUUAUCACCUACACCUAAAUCAUAUUCCUCGAGUAAUAAACUUAAUAUUGACACACUGAAGAUACCAGAAUUACCAAAGAUGGGAUCGUUCAAAAGUGAUUCGAAUAAUCCAAUAUCUUUACCAGCGACGUUAUCUGAUUCUUCUGGUCAACAAAAUAGUAAAUUUAACAAAAAUUCAUUAUCAAAUUCCAUAUCCACUUCUACGUUAUCUGUAGAUCAAGGAAUUAAUGGUCCAAGAGUGAAAAAGGUUAAAAAGACAAAACCAAAGAAACCUAAAUUCCAAGUGUUUGUCUCGAGUAUAAACAAAUUCAAUGAAUCAAACAGUUUUAUUCCGAUGUCACCAAAGGGCAACAAACAAAACCAUAAUAACAAGACAAACAACAAACUCAAAAGGACACAAUCACUUUUGCUUAAAAAGAAAAAGACAAUAGAUGUAUCCCAGGGGUCCAGUCACAAUACCAAACAAAGGAAAGACAAUUUACCCAAAGCCAGACGUUCAAGUUCAAUGAGUACUAAUGACUCUAUUCAUGAUAUUUACUAA